CCAGGGUCACCGCCUCCUUCAAUUACCCUUCUGUUCUCACUCUUCGUCUCCACCUUUUCUCGCUUCUUCUUCACCACCGGUCCAGACCCGUUUUCUACUUGCUCCAGGUGACCGCCUCAAAUUGAGUAAUUUUGUUCUUCAAGAUUGUGUGUAUUUUGAACGACUGGAAAAGAACGCCCAAGAUGAGAGACUGGACAUUGUCAACCAAUGAGAUCCUCCAAUUUCUUUCGACGACAACAACUCAGUCCGUCCAACUCCUUCGGCAUAUGAGUUCGAGUCAGGUGGGGAAGCAACGCAUCAGGUUUUCUACAACAAGUUGUCUUACUGUCGAUGGAUUGAAAUGUUUAUCGAGGCUUUCUCAUGAAGUUGAAUAUGAUGAUUCUUUUCCUAUAUAAAGAAAGUGGCCUAACUUAUGAGAACAAAGAGCUCAAGUUGCGGUUACAAGCCAUGGAACAACAAGCAAAACUCAGAGAUGGAUAUUGUUGUUGAUGCUGAUAUGUUUCAUGGAACUACUGGCAUAAUGUUCUGUUUUUGAAGAUCAUUGAUUGAAUAACUUCUCUAUAUUCGAUUCCAUCACAGCAGCACAACUCCUCAUGACAAAGGAAUCGGAAUCAACUCAGCACUACUCCUUAAAGAAGAUUUUAAGCCAUAGAUUGGAAGAAAAUAGGAUGUGGAAAUAGAGCACCCUAUACUAAAAAUAAUAUGUUUGUUGAUCCUUCAUCGAUUUCAAUCCAAUUGAUGUUCCAAAGGCAUGGAUUUGGAAUUUUACAGUGUCCAGAAUUACAAAAAAAUAGUCAGAAUAGGACUUCCAGUUGGGAAACCAUAUCGAAACCUUCUGACCCCCGCGUAGCGGGGGUAACCUCUCUAGUUAUUAUUAUUUUUGUAAAGUCUUUUAAAUAAUUACAUAACAUUGUCAUAUUUAAUUUAAUGCUAUAUAAAAUAUCUUUUUUUCAUUUACAAA